AUGAAAACGUAUUUCACGCAAGAGUUUAAAGCACUGUUGUCUAAAAGCAAGAAUUUGAAAAAGGCAUUUAAUUACGAUUUUCUGCAUCGCUGGUUGGGACUUGGUCUACUCACGUCUACAGGAGAGAAGUGGAAAAAGCAUCGAAAAAUUAUCACGCCGACAUUCCAUUUCUCAAUAUUGGAGCAAUUUGUCGAUGUUUUCAACAAACAAGGGAACAUUUUAAUGUCGAUAUUAAAGAAAAAGGAGGGAGAAGAACCUUUCGACAUUACUCCGCACAUUGACCUUUACACCCAAGACGUGAUAUGUGGAAAAAAAAAACAACCAAAAAUUGAACAUAAGAAUGUUUUUGUAGAAACAGCCAUGGGAGUUAAACUUAAUGCUCAAACUGAAGGUUACGCAUCUUCCUAUUUACAGAGCGUCAAGAGUAUGUGUGAAUUGUUAAUGCAAAGAAGUUCGAAACCCUGGUUGUAUGUGGAUUUCAUAUAUCGUUUGACACAUUUGGGAUGGAAGGAGAGAAACAACUUGAAAGUUCUUCAUGGUAUGACAAAUGAGGUAAUAAGGAGAAGAAAAAAGCAACUCCAAGAAGAUCCGACAUUAUUUGAAAAAAAUUUAGAUGAAAUCGGAAGAAAACGAAAAUUGGCAUUUUUGGAUCUGCUAUUGUAUUCUUCCCUCAAUGGCGAUGUAUUAUCUGACGAAGAUAUUCGUGAAGAAGUUGAUACUUUCAUGUUCGAAGGUCACGACACUACUGCUUCUGCAAUAUCCUUCGCUUUGUACGAACUGUCACGGCGUCCAGAUAUUCAGGAAAGAAUUCUUGAUGAGUUAAGAGAAGUAGUACCUGAUGAUAAAUUGGAAGAAUUAUCUCUUAAUUUAGAAGACCUAAACAAGUUGAAAUAUCUAGAACAAGUUAUAAAGGAAACACUGCGGCUCUACCCUAGUGUUCCAGUAUUUGGAAGACAGACAACGGAAGAUCUGCAUCUUCCUUCCAUGUCAGUCGACGUCCCUCCAAACACGACUGUUGUAGUGGUCUCAAUGCUCUUACAUCGGAAUCCCAAGUUUUAUCCAAAUCCAGAAGAAUUCAAUCCGGAUAAUUUCUUGCUGGAAACUGUUUCCAAGAGGCACCCUUAUGCUUAUGUGCCUUUCAGCGCUGGAUCCAGAAACUGCAUUGGUCAAAAAUUUGCGAUGUUGGAAGUGAAAGCAGUCCUGGCAAAGAUUGUCUGGAAUUACUCUCUGCAAUUAGACCCCACUUUCGAAAUGAAAUUUGUUCCUGAAAUAACUCUCAAAUCAGAAAAUGGAGUGAGAUUAUCUGUUGUUAGGAGAAUACGUACAUAACUUCCGCAUUGUUUUUAUUUGUAUUAUUGACAUAUAUUACAAAAUACUAUUAUAUUAAAUGCUGAGUUGUUAGAAUGUUAUAUAACAUUAAAUUAUGUAUUACAUCAAAGA